AUGAGCGGUAGUAUGCCUGCGACACGCCUAGAUAGGCUCGUGUCUCUCUUGGAUAUCGGGUCGUCGUCGCUGAUUCGCACCACCGCGGCGACGCAGCUAGGCCAAAUUGCGGCGCUGCGUGUGCGAGGGGCAAGCACGGCGCACGAGGGCGCGUCCUCGUCGGAGCCCGCAGUGUACCGCGGCACGGAUGGCGAGUGGAAUGAAGUCCUGACGCUCCUGGCCCGUGUCGUGCCGCUCCUGCUGUCCAAGAACUGGGACACACGCAUGGCGGCGGCGCAAGCGAUCUACCACAUCACCCAGGCCGCUGGCGUAUGGGAUCCCGACACAGGGACGGAGCGCCACGUAUCGGCCCCUAUCAAGGCAGAGGAGACGCCGUCGUUGGGCGAGGCGGAUCGCCUGCAGUUUGCGAGCUUCUCCCUGCCGCAUGUCCUGCAGACAGGCACCAAGCUCCUAGCGUCCGUGGGCAAGGAGUACGAUGUGCCUGAGCUCAUGAGUCGCGAGCGACUUCAGCACGCAAAGAAGGACGUACUUGGGAAGCUGGGCCUCGGGUUUGGCGCCGACGACAUGGAUAUGGGCAUUGAUAUGGAUGCCGAGCUGGCCGGGUCCAAGCCGGCGCCCAAGCCGGCGCCUGCACCGGAGCCGGAGCCUGGCGCAGACCGUGCACUGAGCGCUCGCGAGCGCAAUCAGCUGAAGCGCAAGCGCAAGCUCGAGGCCAAGGCUCAGACCCGCGCGCCGGUAGCGCAUGUCGAGCCGGAAAAGCGCGCCAAGUUGGACAGCACCGCUCAGGCCUCCGACAAGGCGGCCGCCGUCUUUUCGCUGCAGACGCAGCGUGGCGAAUGGCCCUUUCGUGCGCUGGCCGAGCUCCUCAGUGUCGAGUUAGUCAGUCCGACGUGGGAGGCGCGGCACGGCGCGGCGCUCGGUCUGCGUGAGCUGUUCCGGACACAGGGCUAUGGCGGCGGACGCGUGAUGCAUGCGUCGAAGCAAGACAAUGACGAGCGCCACGCUGUGUGGUGCGAGAAUCUCGCGGUGCGUCUGUUGUGUGUGUUUGCGCUCGACCGGCUCGGCGACUUUGUGUUUGACCAUGUCGUAGCGCCCGUGCGAGAGACGGCGUCGCAGACCUUGGCGCAGCUGCUGCCGCACAUGACGAAUGAGCUGGUGCGAAGUACGCAUCACGUCCUCCUGGAGAUGGUGCGGCAGGACUCGGUGCGGGAGGCGCAGCUGGUCGGACGCGAGGGGCAGCGGCCUUAUAUUUGGGAGGUGCGGCAUGCGGGCCUGCUCGGCAUCAAGUACGAGGUGAUGAUGCGCGUCGAUGUCCUGGGCGUGGAGGACGAUAUGCUGUCGGAUGUGCUGGACGUGGCUCAGCUAGGACUCCGCGACAAUGACGACGACGUGCGCGCCGUAGCAGCUGCGAUGCUCCUGCCCAUCACCUCGAACAUCGUGUCGCACCAACUCGCGCGCGUAUCGGACCUGCUGGAUCAGCUGUUCGUCUGCGUCAGCGACAAGCGCGAUGACCUGUCGAGCAGCGCCGCCAGCGUCAUGGACCUGCUCGCGUCGCUCAUGUCUCACGCCGAGGUGCUGGGCAUCAUCGACGUGGCAUCGCUUGCGCAGCGCGUUACGAUGCUCUUCCGCUUUUUCCGGCACACCAUCACCAACGUGCGUCUGUCGAUGCUCAAUGCCAUGCAUGCCCUGCUGCAAUGCUCGUCGCUGCCGCACGACUGGGUCACGGACGACCUCAUUCGACUGCUGCUCCAAAACAUGCUCGUCGAAGAACGCGCUCCCAUCCGCGAGGCCACUGCGCGCGUAUGGUCUCAGGCCCUCCAGGUGCUCGGCCCGCGCGCCGCUCAGCUCGCCGCCCCGCAUUUUCCCGCGCUCCUGGCCCUGGUCAUGACGCCCAUCGGCACGCCGAUGGACACGUCGCUGUUUUAUGUGCCGCCGCGCGCGCGGUCGGAACACAAUAUCGAUCGUGGCAUUCUCGCACAAGACCUGACCCUGGUCAGCACAGACACCGUGCUGCGCGGACGUUUGGGCGCUGCGUCGGCCCUGGGCGACUUGCUGGCCCUCGCGCCGCCGUCCUCAGAGACGUGCAAGCUACUGCAAGAGGCGCUCGAGGCGCGCUCAGCGCUGCAAAAGUGCCUCGGCGCCGUGGUGGCGCAGCGAUGGGCCGAAUGUGUACCGAGUGUCAGCGAGCUGCUGGCCAUCGAUGCCGUGCGUGGCGUGCACGCGACGCUCCUGCAGCUGCUCGACACAUCCAUGCCGCCCAUCUACACGGAAAUGCACGUCCUGCUGCAGCGCAUGCAGCACGACUGCCACGUCCUGGGCCAAAUGAUGGUCCGCGACGCCCACAUCGCUCGGGAUCGUGUGCCGGCCGUAUCCAGCCCAUGUACGACGGCAGACGCCCAACGGCUGGCCGAGACGGCCGCUACCCUCGCACCCUCCUGCACGACUGUCGUUGAGCAGAGCCGCAAGAUUCAACGUGCGAUCGAGCAGUACGAUGCCACGAAGGAAACGCAGGACGUGUUGGUACUCGCUGCCGUAGCCGGCGCCGUCGUCGCAUGGGGCGUGCUUCCGCCGAAACUCAACCCGCUCAUCCGCAGCCUGAUGAACAGCAUCAAGUACGAAGAGAAUGCGGAUCUGCAGGCUCGCGCCGCCUGCUCGAUCGCCCGCCUCGUGCGUCUAUGUACGCUGCCUACCGCGCACGCGAAUCCCAGUGCCAAGAUCGUCAAGAAUCUGUGUGCGUUCGUGUGCCAAGACACGUCGAUCACGCCGCUCUUUGUCGAGACCAAGGGCGAGCGCGAAGGCACAGGCGCAUUACCCGUCGCUCCGCCAUCGGAGCGGCGUGCAUCGGCGGAGCCCGAGACGCUGACGCCCAGUCGCCUCAUUCGCCGCGGCGCCGAAUGUGCGCUGAUGCACCUGUGCCAGCAGUUUGGCGCUCAGAUCUGGGACGAGCUGCCGAUCCUCUGGACAUCUGCGGCCGAACCGCUCCUCCACGAUGCGCCCAUGGACGACGCGCGGGGCCAGGCGCUCCUAGACGCAUGCUCCGUCCUCGAAUGCAUCGCGCCGCAUGUGCACACCGACCUGCACGAAUCGCUCGCAUCGCUGUUGGACGCGCUUGUGCGUGUCUCGCAGAACGAAUUCCGCGUACUGCGUGGUGCGAGUGCGCGGUGCUUUAGUGUGGUGACCAAGUGCAUCACGGAUCAGGGGAUGCAUGCCCUGGUCGAGCAAGUCGUGCCGGUGCUCGGCUCGGCGGAACUGCUGUGCCGGCAGGGCGCGAUGGAAGUCGUGUCGUGCACGGUGCGUGUGCAGGACGAGCGCCUGCUGCCGUACGUGCUCUUCCUUGUCGUGCCUGUGCUCGGCCGCAUGAACGACAGCGACGAGUCGAUCCGGCUGCUGGCGACGAACACGUUUGCCGAGCUCGUCAAGCUCCUGCCUUUGAUUCACGGCUUGCCUGACCCGCCCCACUUUUCGCCAGCGCUGCUCGCUCGCCGCGAGACCGAGAAGGCGUUCCUCGCUCAGCUGAUGGACGGCUCCAAAGUCGCGCCGUACAAGAUGCCGAUCGAGAUGAAGGUCCAGCUCCGGCCGUACCAAAUGGACGGCGUCAGCUGGAUGGCCUUCCUUGCCCGAUACCAACUGCACGGCAUUUUGUGCGACGAUAUGGGUCUCGGAAAAACACUGCAAUCCAUCGCGCUCCUGUCGUGCAAGCAUCAUGAGCGGCAUGAGCGGUGGGAGCAGACACAGGCGCCCGAUGCCAAGCGCAUCCCGUCUCUGAUCGUGUGUCCUCCGACGCUCACAGGCCACUGGGUCCAUGAAAUUGAGACCUACUCGCCGAACCUCACGGCCUUGCUGUAUGCCGGGCACCCAAGCGAUCGCGCGCGACUCAAGGCGCAGAUCAACCAGGUCGAUGUCGUCGUCAUGUCGUACGAUGUGGUCAGGAACGACGUCCAAGACCUAGCGUCCCGAUCAUGGUUCUACUGCAUUCUCGAUGAAGGCCAUGUGAUCUGCAGUCCCAAGACGAAAACGACACGCAGCGUCAAGCAGAUGCGGGCGCAGCACCGCCUCAUUCUCUCCGGCACGCCGAUCCAGAACAAUGUGCUCGAACUGUGGAGCUUGUUCGACUUUUUGAUGCCGGGCUUUUUGGGCUCGGAUCAGUCGUUCCACGAGCGCUUUGCGCGGCCUGUCCUGGCGUGUCGCUCAGGCAAGCCCAGCGCCGCAGAAAAAGAAGCUGCCACAUUAGCGCUCGAAGCUCUGCAUAAGCAAAUCGUGCCGUUCCUGCUGCGUCGUCUCAAGGAAGACGUGCUGGACGACUUGCCGCCCAAGAUUAUUCAGGAUGUCGAAUGUGAAUUGAGCGACAUACAAAAGCAGCUGUAUGACGACUUUGUCAAGGCCACGGACGACGACGACGAGGAGGAGGAAGAAGACAAGAAGAACAACACCGAGCCCAAGGAACAGCAGCAUAUAUUCCAAAAGCUGCAGUACCUGCGCAAGCUUGCCAAUCAUCCCUCGCUCGUACUCGAUGCCGCCGUGCCAGCCCAAAAGAAGCUGCUAGAGCAAGUGAAUGCGAACCGCGGCACAUUGGCCGGGCUGUCGCAUGCCCCUAAACUUCAGGCACUUCGACAGCUGCUACUAGACUGUGGUAUUGGUCACGACACACAAGCGAAUGAUGCUGCGCUGAUUGGCGCCGACACCGGCGCAUCGGUGUCGCAACACCGCGUGUUGAUUUUCUGCCAAAUGAGGCACAUGCUCGAUGUCAUUGAGCAGGACCUGUUCCGCCCGCUCAUGCCCCAAGUGACGUACCUUCGCCUAGACGGCACGGUAAGCAGUGAUCGUCGGCACAGCAUUGUACAGUCCUUUAAUGCCGAUCCCAGCAUUGAUAUCCUCCUGCUUACCACGUCAGUCGGUGGUCUGGGCCUUACCUUGACCGGCGCUGAUACCGUCAUCUUUGUCGAGCACGACUGGAAUCCUAUGAAAGAUUUACAAGCGAUGGAUCGGGCACACCGCCUCGGCCAGAAAAAGGUCGUCAAUGUGUACCGCUUGAUCACACGCAACACCCUCGAGUCGUCCAUCAUGGGUCUGCAACAGUUCAAGAUGAACAUCGCCAACUCGGUCGUGACGCAGCAAAACAAGUCCAUCGACCAAAUGGACACUGACCGCAUCCUCGACCUGUUCGGCCCCUCGCCUCCCAGCGACGCCCAGGCCGAGACCAAGCCCCCACCUGUCAAGGGCAUCAGCCAAAAGGCCCUGCUGGCUAGCCUGGAGCACAUGCCCGAUAUGAACGAAGACGAGUAUGCCGACAUGAAACAGUGGCGCCCUUCCGCUUCAUAG